CAAGAACAUGCGAAGCGCGCGGUCGCCAUGACAACGAACGAAUGAUAUAAAAUAAAAAAAUAACGAAUUCGCGGGAAAAUCUGUCAAAAUUUUCAACUAAUCUUUGCAUUUCAAUUUAAUUGUGUAAUGUGGUUGUGUAUGGAAAUGUGGUUUUAAUGUGAGUGGUUAAACGGUCGAGUUUUCUGAGUUGCAGUAAGACCUUGGUUGUUUUUUAAAAGAUGUGGUCCCUUGUGGUGGUAGCGGCAUUGUUCGCGACUGCGCGGUCCAAACAAUUACCACAGAGUGCAGAUUUACCAAAUACAGCGGUGGCUUCAGUCACCGAAUCUGACUCGGAAUGGCCGGAAGCGCUCGCGCCACUUGACACCCUCGCCGUCGCGUGCGAGAGGGACAACAUGCACGUCACUAUAUCGCUCUCCACUAGUCAUGCUAACAGUAUCUACGACUCAUUCAACGGCAUAGUCUACCCGGCUGGGCUGGGCAGCAACUCAACAUGUCUCCGAGAGUUCGUUUCCGCCCGAGGUGAUCUCCAGUACACGCUUCCACUGAAGGGCUGUAACACAAUGUCUAUUGAUAAUGAGGACGGAACAGUAGAAUACUACAACAAUAUAAUAGUGCAGCCUCAUUUGCGCCUUGUGACUGGUCAAGGUCGUGGCUACCACGUCAGGUGUCGUUACCGUAGGCGAGACCUCACACUCUUCCAUUUGCACAGACCACACGCUGACAGACUCACUUCCAGGACUGAUGUACGAGAUGAGUACGACGAGGAAUCCGGCUUAUUGCCCUCUGUAACUAUGAAAAUAUUUAAAGGUGACCCCGAAGAAAAACAGGUGGCGUCAAACGUUCGUAUCGGUGACACGCUCACGUUAGUUGUGUCAUUAGAAAAGCAGAGGAAGUACGGCCUUCUGGUCUCCGAGUGCUCCGUGCGGGAUGGACUGGGAUGGGCUGAACAGAGUUUGAUCGCUGACGAUGGCUGCCCGUUAGACGGCGAAAUAAUGGGCCUCUUCCAGUACAGCGUGGAGAAGCAAGACGCGAAGGUUUCAUUCCCGGCUCACAAGUUCCCUUACACUGCCAGCGUCUACUACACGUGUGAGGUCAAACUGUGCGACCUCAAUCAUCCCACGGAUUGUGAGCCAUGUUCGCACAAGAAGCGCGUGCGUCGUGACACGGAGGAAGGAUCUCCCGCAACAGUCGAAGUUUUUUCCGGACUUUACGUCAACGAAGCAGAUUCGCUGGACAACGAUGACGUUGUUAGCGAGAAGAAAGAAGACGAAAUAUGCAUUUCCCAACGCAAUUUUGCCAUUGGAAUAUGUAUAGCCGGUGUCAUUUUAAUGAUUUGCGUCAUAGCAGCUAUAGCCUUUAUUCUAGCACGACGAAGGAACCCUAAAACUUAUUCUAGAACAGGCAGCUCACUGUACAGUGGCCCGUAUACCAACACUGGCUAUUCGCAUACAAGUUAAUCUGUAUUAACCAUAGAAUUAAUAAGACUCUAGAAAUGGCUGCGAGUCACACUUCGCCUCCUGUAAGUGAAUUUGUCUCAAGCCCCUGCUUGUUUUAUUCUUAAAUUGUAAAGUUAACGCAACGAUAUAGUGAGUAGUAUUUGGGACGUGUCAAAUGUCAAAUGCUUUCGAUCUGUCAAAAACUGACAUUAUCAUAAAGACUUUGACGUAUACAUGACAUAAAGUGCUCUAUAAGACUUUGCGCCAUUUCUAGUGUCUUUGCUAUUAUUAUAUAAUUCUAUAAAAAAUACUUUGAAAAACCUCAAAGUUUUCUACAUAUGUCCGUCCAUUUUGUUUAGCUGCCAAUGUCAAUAUUUGACAAUAUUUAUUGGUUAGUUAGUGUUAAACAACGAAUAACAUUGCACUCAGUGCCAUGGGCCAUUUCUGUGUAAUUGUUGUGUUCAUUCACAACGAAACAGUCAUAAUUUAAGUUUAAUUUAAGUAUUACACAUGGUAUUUUUAUAAUUGUCUAAUUGCCCAAUUGUUAAUAUCAUUUAUCAGGACAAUAGUUUUUCUGUUAUUUGAACAUGAGGUUUACAGAUUUUUUGGGAUUAAGAGAAUUACAUAUUAGCAAUUAUAUAUUUACAAUUAUUUAAAAAAUAUCGUAAAAUCGAGUUUUCUAUGACAUUCACUAAUAAAUUUAGAUGAAUUAAAAUACCAUGUGUACGUGAACCUUAAUAUUUAUAUGGAUAAUUUGUGAUAAUUUUCCGUCCGUUAAGUAUAGAUUAAGAUCAAUAGAUGGUGACCUUGCAUUACGUAAUUAUAUUAAAAUUAUCAUUUACUAAUGGAGCAGUUUUUGUGAUGUCUUUUUUAAGUUUGUGCUAUGUAGAGUAACUUAAUUAAAAAGCCGCAGAAAAUGUGUUUAAAGAAUAAACC